GUGAGCCGCAGCCCUCCCCGGUGAGUGCUUUCCCCCCCCCACUGAGCCCCGCCUCCCGCUCAGCCUCGCUGCUGCGUGUCUGUCUCAUUCAUCGGGAGCCAGCGACGGAGCCUGGAGGUCCCAGCACGGUCGCGCUCUCCUAUGGAGCUGCACCUGGGACCGAUCCGUCCGCGGGGGAUGCUCGGCCCUGCCCGGGGUGCGAUCUGCCCUGAGCAGCUGUGAGGAGCAGAGGGGGUCACCCGGCACCACCAUGUCCCUGCCGCCCAUCCUGCCUCCCCCCGCCCCGGCCGCUAUCCCCGCCGCCCCCCGAGCGCAGCCUAGGAAGCCGGCGGCCCCCAGGAAGGCAGCGCCGCCGCCGCCCGCCGAGGAGAAGCCGCCGAGGAAGCCGCGGGGGGCGCCCCCGGAGCGGGCCGGUCCCUUCCCCAGCUCCUGGCCCUGCGCCUCUCUGCAGAGGCAGCAACCGCGGAGGCCGGCCCCGGCCCCGCCACAGCCCCGCGGUCGCUCCUGCGAGACCCUGUGCGCGGCGGCGGGGCCGGAGGCGGGGGCUGGAGAGGCCGCUCUGCGCUUCUCGCUCAGCCUCCCCCCCGAGGCGGCCCUGGUGCUGCAGCGCCGCAGCCUGGAGAAGCAGCGGGGGCGGCCGAGCCCCUCCUCAGCCACCGAGCGCCUCCUGCCGGGCUCCCGGAGCAAGGCGGCCCCGGCGGUGGGGGGCUCGGCGCGGAGGGGGGCCCGGGCCGGGCCGGGCUCCAGCCCCGGGGACCUGCGCGCCCUGCUGAAGAUCUCGCUGCUGAACGAGCGGCACCGCUACGACGACGUGGAGUACGAGGAGGAGGCGGCGCCGGGGGCCGUGGCGGACGAGGGGCUGGUGCGCAAAUGCACCGAGUGGCUGCGCGGGGUGGAGAGCGCGGCCGGCCGGGACCGGGCCGACAAGCUGGAGACCCUGCCCCACCUGGGGGCCCUCUGAGCCUUGGGUGGCACCUGCCUGCCCAGCCCCCGCCCCUCCUGCAGCAAUAUCCCGGGGGGCUCCACAUGUGAUGUGCCCCGCAGCGGGGUUCUUCCUCUCUCUCUAUUAACCCCCCCGGGAAGCUGGACAGCACCGUAUCCUGCUCCAAAGCCACCUCACGGGUUCGUCUCCCCAGACUGAGAGCCACGGAGAGCGGAGUUUUAGUGCCGGGUUUAACCGCCCGCCUUGCUGCUAUCCCCGCUGAGGAAACUGACUAGCGUUUUGACCCCGUGGGGGCUGGCGGCUGUUCCAGGCGCUACAUAAACGGGAAAAAAUGUAUUUAUAGCUGCUGUGUACUGUGUAUUUUCAUUCACAUCGUGUGGGGAGAGAAAAAAGUGGGGGCUGACUAAUCAGUGUUGUAGAGAUACUUCUCCUGAUCCGGCUGGGCUGCUGGAUGCUUUUUAUCUGAAAUCAGGAGACAGAGUUUCUAGCAGAUGAUGGGGAGGUUAAAAUCUGCACGUGGGGGGUGUUUGAAUGUGAUCAAAUGUGAGCAGAAACAGAGGCAAACGUUCUCAGCUAGUUAACUUACUGUAAUGCAACAGGUGCUUAAUCUGCUGUAAGAAGAACAGGAGUACUUGUGGCACCUUAGAGACUAACAAAUUUGUUAGUCUCUAAGGUGCCACAAGUACUCCUGUUCUUUUUGCGGAUACAGACUAACACAGCUGCUACUCUGUAAUCUGCUGUAUUCACUUCAGUGUUUUUUGUAGCAAAAGCUGACUCCUGACAUUUGCAGGAAUUGUUUAUGAUCUCUGGGUUAGGGUAGGGAGAGGAAGAUGGGAGAAACUUGUUAAAACUAUAGAGCCUUUAUCAGAAACUAUCACAAAAGUGUCUUUGUGUUAAACAACAAAGGGCAGUCAAGCAAAAAGGAAAACAAAACUGCUGCACAAUACAGGCCCUCAAGACAAAGUGUUCAGUUACUGAAGGAUAAAUGUAUUGAUUUCCUUUUGAAAAGAAACUGCUUUGUAAAUAGAGGUAGGGUACAUUGAUUUUGUCUUAUUUGUACAUAAAGGAACAUUUUUAUUUAUUUGAAUAAAUGAUUAAAGCCUUUUGUGUUGCAACAGCAGCACCUUUGUAACUGUGAAUGGGGCUGUUUCUUAAUCUGUUGCAGGCAUCUGACUGUAUUUAGUUGUGGGAUUGAGAGAAAGAUAAGCAGUGAUUACACAAAGAUAAAGAUGGGCUGAUAAUAUGCAGAAAAUGUGCAGCUUAUUUAGGAUAAUUUUAUUUCCUUUCUAGACUAAAAUGUCCAGAAGAUUUAAAAUGUAAGGAAUUGGAACCAAAACCCUUACAGGUAGCGCCCUACCAAAUUCACAGCUAUGAAAAAUGUGUCACAGACCAUGAAAAGUGGUCUUUUGUGUGCUUUUACCCUAUACUAUACAGAUUUCACAGGAGAGACCAGCAUUUCUCAAAUUGGGGGUCUGGACCCAAAAGGGAGUUGGAGCAGGGUCUCAACAAGAUUAUUUUAGGGGGGGGUCACAGUAUUGCCACCCAUAUUUCUGUGCGGCCUUCAGAGCUGGGCAACCGGAGAGAGGGGUGGCUGCUGGCUGGGAGCCCAGCUCUGAAUGCAGAGCUGCCGCCAGCAGCAGCACAGAAGUAAGGGUGGUGUGGUAUGGUAUUGACACUCUUACUUCUGUGCUACUGCUGGCAGGGCGCUGCCUUCAGAGCUGGGAUCCCGGCCAGCAGCCAUCGCUCUCUAGCUGCCCAGCUCUGAAGGCAACACCGCCGCCCGCACCAGCCCAGAAGUAAGGGUAGCAGUACAACCACCUCCCCUACAAUAACCCUGUGACCUCCCCCCCCCCCCAACUCCUUUUUGUGUCAGGACCCCGACAAUUACACUGUGAUGUUUCAGAUUUAAAUAGCUGAAAUCAUGAAAUUUACUAUUUUUAAAAAACCUAUGGUCGUGAAAUUGACCAAAAUGAACCAUGCAUUUGGUAGGACCCUACUUAUAGGAAUAUGAAUUAAAUCUAAUGAUUGUGUUCAAAUAAGCAUAAUCGUGCUGAUUCAAUUAGAUGGAUAGCUGUGCAGAACAGAGCAGGUUAAGAUGAGCCCUUCAACUGGUUUGCACUCAACAUGCAGAGCUGUAGCUCUACAUAUGUGUGUUAUAUAUAUGGAGCACUUACCUGGGUGUACAGUUUGAAAAAAGUGGCAUUGUGCAUGAUCAGUGUAUGAAUGUUCUAACACUUAUAAUCACAUUGUGUAAAUUAAACUCUUUCCGACACGUUUAA